AUGGCACCUAACGAACCCACUCCAGCAUGGAAAGUAGCUGGUGUAGUAUCAUUUUACAUGACUGUAGCGUUAGUGAUGGUGAUGACUAACAAAUGGGUCCUUUCAACAUCAUCAUUACCACUCACAUUCUUACUCCUCCAAUUAGCUACUUCAGUAUUGCUGCUUCAUCUCUUACCUUUGUUCUACAACUAUACACCACCACGAUGGACGAGAUCGACUAUAUUGGCUGUUACCCCCGUAUCGAUCGUGAAUGUUGUUGGAUUGAUAUUCAACAUUUACUGCUUGAAAUUAGUGGACGCAUCCUAUUUUCAAGUUGCUCGAGGACUCACUUUACCCAUGACCGUAGUUCUACAAGCAUUCAUGAACGGUAUAAGACCUUCAGGAUGGACGAUCGGUGCUUGUGGAUUAGUGAUGUGGGGAUUCACUUAUUCAUUCCUACCUAUUCCUUUACCUGGUUUGACAAAUUCUUCAGUGUCCACUGAUAUAUACGGAAUGGUCGUUCAAGAAAGAAGAUUCGAAGCUCCAAUGGCCGGAAUGUUAUUAGGCGUAGCAAGCGCAGCUAUGGUUGCUAUACACGCUAUUCUAGUUAAACAAGCUUUAAAGAAAGUUGAAGGUCAUACUUUGGAUUUAGCAUAUUGGCAAAAUGCUUUAUCUGCUAUCGUACUCAUUCCAGGAAUCUUAAUCUCAGGAGAAGUAGGCGAAUUCGCUAAAAUGUUAGUGGGAACUCAAGGCGAUGGAAGAGCUUUCAUCAUUGGAAGUGGUGUCACCGGCAUAGUUGGAUUCUUGAUCUGUUUGGCAGGAUUAUUGUCUAUUAAAGUUACUUCCCCUGUAACUCAUAUGUUCAGUUCAGCAAUGAGAUCAGUACUCCAAACUAUAUUAGGUGUUUAUCUGUUCAAAGAUUUGAUAAACUCUUCCCGAGUAAUGUCAAUUGUACUCAUAAUAAUCGGAUCAUGUUUAUAUACUUGGAACCAAUCUCGUGGUCACAACAGUACACCAAGAUCACCAAUUGAAGAAGAUAGGAAAAGGUUGUUAACAGGAAAUGAGAAACAUAGUAAUUACGCUGCUGAUCCUGAAAAGGGUGAAAGACAAGCAUAA